UCCAAAAUGGUAGACGUGGAACCAAAACAAACAAAAAGAAAACGAAGUACUGACAGCUAGAACCCAAUGAAAAUGGGGACCUUACUGCUGUUUUUAUCAUUCCUUUUGCUUGGUGCAAGUGUGUGUGGACGGUACACGUCUGACUGGGACUCCUUGGACUCUAGACCACUGCCAAAAUGGUAUGAUGAAGCCAAGUUUGGAAUUUUUCUGCAUUGGGGUGUAUACUCUGUUCCAAGUUACGAGAAUGAAUGGUUUUGGGAAGGAUUAGAAGCUCAGGAGCAGUCAAUUGUCAACUUCAUGAAAAGAAACUAUGCACCGAAUUUUAAAUAUCAGGAUUUUGCGCCACAAUUCAAAGCAGAGUUGUUCGAUCCAAACGAAUGGGCAGACAUUUUCAAGGCAGCGGGCGCAAAAUACGUUGUACUGACUUCCAAACAUCAUGAGGGUUUCUGCAACUGGAACACUAAAAAUUCGUUCAACUGGAACAGUGUCGAUGUCGGUGCUAAAAGAGACUUGGUGAAAGAUCUUGCAGACGCUGUGAGGAAUAACACUGACAUUCACUUCGGACUGUACUUCUCUCUCUACGAAUGGUUCAAUCCCUUAUUCAACUCAGACAUGUUACACUUGUGGUUGCAACAAAAGUAUGUGAAAAAUAUCAUGAUGCCCCAACUUAAAGAACUGGUCAAUUUGUACGAGCCAGAUAUAGUGUGGUCAGAUGGUGAUGUCGGUCCUUGGUUCUAUUUCAACAGUACAGAGUUCCUUGCUUGGCUUUACAACGAUAGUCCAGUUAAAGAUAAAGUUGCUGUGAAUGACCGAUGGGGAGCGGUUACGAGGUGUCAGCAUGGUGGUUUCUUCACAUGUACUGACAGGUACUUGCCAAAGACACUUCCACCAUAUAAAUGGGAGAACUGUUUUUCUGUUGAUCGGGGAUCGUUUGGCUACAGACGAGAUGCCGUUCUUGCCGAUUUAUACACUACAGAAUAUAUUGUGGGACUUCUUGUUCAAGUUGUCAGCUUGGGAGGAAAUUUGCUGUUGAAUGUUGGGCCCACUGCCGAUGGGAGAAUCAUGCCAUUAUUCGAGGAAAGACUCCGUGAAACUGGACAGUGGUUAGCAGUCAAUGGCGAGGCAAUUUAUUCAAGUAAACCUUGGAGAAACCAAACAGACUUGGCAACUCCAAAUGUUUGGUAUACAUCAAGAAUUGACAAAAACACUAACAGUACUGUAGUUUAUGCAAUAUUCUUGCAAUGGCCAGCAACAGACACUAUAACUUUAAUGGCACCAGUAACUAGCUCACAGACUAAAAUAUUCAUGAUUGGACUUGACAAUGAAUUAGCUUGGACACCAAAGAACCCUGGUAUUGUCAUCACUUGGCCAAAAUUGACAAUAAGUCAAUUGCCAAGCAAAAAUGCUUGGGUCAUCAGAAUGGUGAAUGUCAACUAGUUACAUGUCCACAUCAACAGUAGUAUGAUGGUGAUACUUGCGUUACCUGUCGAAAUCAAUUGGCCGACAUUUUGUUUGGGUAAAAAAAUUGUCAGUGACUGGGUCAGAAUGUUGAUUCUGCUUGCAAAUAAUAAAGUCCAAAUAUACUGAGGAGACAAUGACAUAUCAUCUGCCGAACUUGUGACUGGGACAGAGGGGAGUGGGAAAAGGAAACAGUACAAGUUCUAAUUCUGAUUUUCAGUUCACCAUAACAUGAAGCACAAGAUCUAGUCAUCUUUUAUUUUCUCCCCAUUUUGUAAAUAAAGAAGACUGAAAUAUAUAAUAA